AUGGCAACAACAUCUAUGGAUCCUAUUUCGCGCACCACCUCGCAAGAAUCCGUCCGCUCCCACUCCUCUGGCCACAUCCUCUCUGCCGCAUCGUCAGGAUCCUCGAAUCGCAAAGGCCGAUAUGCUGAGAUCGAUGCCACCGUGGGAGAGACGGACCGAGCCAGUAUCUCUAUGCCGCCGCCGUCGACUAAGACUAGCACUCGCUACCAGAAUAUCUCCCGUCGCCCCUCCAGGAUUUCUGAGGCCCAGCUCUUGACUCCUCCUCACCUGGCGCACUACGAAACCCAGACGGCCAUGGCAGACUCGGAUGAAGCUACUUCUACCCUCGACGGCGCAGGGAGGGCUGCGCCUGGCAACACACCUGCUUCCGACAUUCCUAGUGGCAUACGAAGAUCAGAGCCAGACCUCGACUCGCAUCGAAUGUCUUUCUCUUCCCUCUACGGCAGCGGGAGGAGUGCGUUGGCGAGUGGCCCAAGUAGCGUUGGCGGUGGCUCUGAUCAGGAUGGUUUGGGUCUCUUGGACUCACAGGUCAUUGUCGAUACUGACGACCAAGUAGCUAGGCCUGACGCUGGCGAUCGAGCCACUACCGCUACGCAAAACCUAUCCGUCACCACACAAAGCCAGAAUGGCGCCCUUUCGCCAUCUCUCAAUGCGUCAUUGCGAGAACCGAUUCACAACAACCAUGCCGCUUCGAACGGCGCCGCCUCGCCAACACCUUCGCCCUCGUCACAGGCUACAUCCCAAUCAAGACCGAAUCGACAAAUCCGUGGCCGAACGCCUGGCAAUUCGCGUCGAGUCUCCACGAGCAACCCAAAUAGCGUAUCGCAUUCUGCAGAACGAUCGACCUUCAGUUCGAAUCCAAACAAGAUUGGCACUAUUGGGAUAUGUGCGCUGGAUGCCAAAGCCCGAAGCAAGCCGUCUAGAAAUAUCUUGAAUCGGCUGGUUGGUAAAGAGAACGAGUUUGAUGUCAUUAUAUUCGGCGACAAGGUCAUUCUGGACGAAGAUGUGGAGAACUGGCCAGUCUGCGACUUCCUCAUCAGCUUCUUCAGUGAUGGAUUCCCGCUUGAGAAGGCCAUUGCCUAUGCGAAGCUGCGUCGACCGUUCUGUGUGAACGAUUUACCCAUGCAGACUGUUCUCUGGGAUCGCCGUAUGUGCUUGAUGAUUCUUGACAAGCUGGGCGUACCUACUCCUCCGCGCGUGGAAGUCAACCGCGAUGGAGGUCCUGUCGCAUUGAGUGUAGACAUAGCAGCCCGGAUGAAACAACUUACAGGUGUCGAGCUGAUUGGAUCAGACGAUGGUCGAGGCGGUGGGCUUCCUGCACCCAACGAUGUACAUAUGGAAGACGACAACGAUACAUUGGUCGUCGAUGGCAAGAAGCUGCGCAAACCAUUUGUAGAGAAGCCGACCAGUGGCGAAGACCACAACAUCAACAUAUACUACCCCAAGUCUCAGGGAGGCGGUGGCCGAAGACUGUUCAGAAAGGUCAACAACAAGUCAAGCGAAAAGGACGAGAAUCUGGUCAUCCCCAGGAGUAUCACCCAGACCGAGGACUCAUAUAUUUAUGAGCAGUUCUUAAAGGUCGAGAACGCAGAAGAUGUCAAGGCAUACACUGUUGGUCCGGACUUUUGUCACGCGGAGACUCGCAAGUCGCCUGUUGUCGAUGGCGUGGUGAAGCGCAACCCCAAUGGAAAGGAGAUUCGUUACGUGACGAAGUUGUCCAAGGAGGAGCAGAUCAUGGCAGCCAAGAUCGCCGGUGGCUUCGGGCAACGAGUGUGUGGGUUUGAUCUCCUGCGAGUACAAGAUCCCAAUGGCUCUGCGCAAAGCUAUGUUAUUGAUGUCAACGGAUGGAGCUUCGUCAAAGACAACAACGAGUACUACGACAAAGCCGCCAAGAUUCUUAAGGAGAUGUUCAUCCGCGAAAAGGGCCGCUGGGACGGACGAGCUACUCCGAGCGAGGUCGAUGAAAUGGAACAUCGAGGAAUGUUUGCGCCAACUUCAGUGCCCGAAGACAAGACGAGCGUCUUCAGAAAGCAGACUUUCAGCAAAGACAAGGACAGCAUGAGCUCACAUCGGAGCACACUUAAGAGCGUCUUUCGCAGUAGGAGCAUAUCCCAGCUACGCGACAGCGUCAACACCGCUGCGUCACGCAUUGGAUACCCACACUCAGCUAAGAGCCCGAGUGGAAAGUCCAGCCCGGUUGCGUCGCCGCCUCAUCACACUCUAGAGCGUACGCCUUCCUUCCACAACCGGACCCAAAGUGUCCCCGUCGCAAAAGAUGAAAUCCUACCUCCACCAGCAGUUCCGCCGCAUGUCGAUCAGAUAAAGGCAGAGAAUGUACGACCUGCCUCUACGGACCUCGAAUCGCUGAACCACUCGGAGGCACCAUCUUCUGUACCAGCGCCAGCAUCCAAAAGUCAAUGGAAGCUCAAGGGAAUGGUGGCUGUCAUUCGACAUGCCGAUCGAACGCCAAAGCAGAAGUUCAAAUUCACUUUCCACACGAAGCCCUUCAUCGAUUUGUUGAAAGGCCAUAAAGAGGAAGUUCUGCUUGUUGGUGAAGCUGCUCUAAAUGGUGUUCAACAAGCUGUGCGUCAAGCAAUGGCAGAGGGUGAGGAAGACAUGAACAAGUUGCGAUCUUUGCAAAAUGCAUUGGCGAAGAAGGGUGCGUGGCCCGGCACGAAGGUGCAGAUCAAACCCAUGUUCAAGAAGCCGAAAGAUGAUGGCAAAGCUGAGAAAAGUAAGGACGGUAAGGACGAAGAGGUCAAGGAGAAGGAGAAGAAGCAAUCUAGCGUCCCCAUGGCGCCCGAGCAUCAAGACGUUGAAGACUUGAAGAAUCAACUAGAUGGAACACCCAAGGCCAGCCCUAGACCAUUCGCAGGGGACGAGCAGACUGGACCUGAUGCAGCUCGAGCACAACACAGGAGCGACUCGAUAGGCGACAUCACCAUGUCCCGUGCCACCGCAGCGGAUCAAAAUCUCGCCAUUGAGAAGUUACAGCUUGUCAUGAAGUGGGGAGGAGAGCCGACGCACUCGGCCAGAUAUCAGGCGACUGAUCUCGGCGAAAACAUGCGAAACGAUCUGAUGCUCAUGAAUCGCCAUGUCCUCGACAAUGUGUCAAUCUUCACAUCUUCCGAACGCCGCGUUACAACCAGUGCUCAGAUAUUUGCUGCCGCCUUUCUGGACGAGAAAGAACUUGACGACGACGAGAUACACGUCAGAAAGGACCUGCUGGACGAUUCAAACGCCGCAAAGGAUGAAAUGGACAGAGUCAAAAAAAAGCUCAAAGGGCUACUACGCCAAGGUCAUUCACCGCCUAAGCAGUUUGCGUGGCCUACUGACGGUACCCCUGAGCCUUAUCUGGUGGUGCGAAGGGUCGCUGAAUUGAUGAAAUUCCAUCGCCGUGUCAUGCGACAUAACUUUGCGAAGCUUCAAAACUCAGAUGCUGUCAGUUCUUUGGAGCGCUUACAGAAGAUUCCAGGGCCUACGAGUUUGUCAAGUGAUCCCAGCCCUGUUGGUGGUAACACGCCUAGCGGAACUUCGACAGAAAGCCAAGCCUCUGCAAUCCAGCCCAGAUGGUGCACAGGCGAAGACGCAGAAUUGUUCAAGGAGCGAUGGGAGAAGCUGUUCAAUGAGUUUACGGAUGCGGAAAAGGUCGACCCCAGCAAGUUGAGUGAACUGUACGACACGAUGAAGUUCGAUGCUCUGCACAAUCGCCAAUUCCUGGAGUGGGUGUUCACUCCAAGUACGGCCCUUCUCGCCGAGGAAAAUGAAUUGGGCAAGGCACCGGGGCUCCGCCGCACAGAGAGCAUGAACGCGAGAGAAGAGUUCCGAGAGACUCAUGACGGGCAAAUUCCAGCCAAAGGACCGAACGGAACACCAGCAGCGCCAUCGAGUGGCGCUACUGGCGAUAUGGAUACAUUGCAUCUCCCUCCUCCCAGACGAACUGACACCAUGAGCAGUGCAGCAUCUGGAAACGAGGGCAAAGACAAGGAAUCGAAGGAGCGACAGACACUCUCGCAGCGGCUGGGACUCAGACGUAAGUCGGCUGAUCUCAUGAGCGUCGCAAGAAACGCAGUCGCUUCGGCGGAUGAUCCAUCAUCAUCGUACUUCAAUCUCUACAAAGGCUCCGUCCCCGCCAUGCAAUCAAAAGUCAAAAACGACGUCCGUCUGGAAAAGUUGAACGAACUCUACAGCCUCAGCAAAAUCCUCUUCGACUUCAUCGGGCCGCAAGAAUACGGCAUCACGGACGCGGAAAAGCUCGAAAUCGGCCUCCUGACCUCCCUUCCCCUCCUCAAAGAAAUCGUCAAAGACCUCGAAGAAGUCCAAGCCUCCGACGACGCCAAAUCCUUCAUCUACUUCACCAAGGAAUCCCACAUCUACACCCUGCUGAACUGCAUCCUGGAAGGCGGCGUGCCCACCAAAAUCGCCCGCAACGCCAUCCCCGAACUCGACUACCUCUCCCAAAUCUGCUUCGAACUGUACGAAUCCGAAAACGCCGAGGCCGACAUCGACCCUGCGAACCCAGAGUCCAACUUCAACUACUCCAUCCGCAUCACCAUCUCCCCCGGGUGCCACACAUUCGACCCGCUCGACGUCCAGCUCGACAGCAAGCACUGCAUCGGGUGUGCGCCGCGCCGCAGCCUGACGCCGCAUGGGGAUUGGAAGGAGAUUCUGGAGACGUUAAGGGCCAAGUUUCAUACGGUCAGGUUGCCUAAGAGUUUCACAGCGGUGAAUUUGAGUGAGCGGCACCCGGGGGAGUUUGUGCAGCAGGGGGAUUUGGGGGCUGAUGGGGAGAAGGAGGAGGAGGUUGUGGAGAGGGUGAGGAAGGAGAGUGAGGGGCAUAGUCAGAUUGCGCCGGUGCAUUGA